CUGGACUCUCGUCAGGCCAGGCCACCAGCACGUCCUCGUGAGUGCAGACAAUACUUGUUAGGCCUCCACCUUAUUGUUCGUCUCCCGCCCCGUACAAGCCCUACCUUACGCUGCCCUUGCCCUUGUUCGCGGAUUCAUGCCGCCCCCUCCCAGCUUCUUCUCUUCCCCAUCACCUACUGCGGACACUUAUGUCGCUGCGAAUGCCACCGCUAAGCGGCCGACGUCCUCUUAUCGUCUUCACUUAACUAGCCCGCCCGCUUACCCCUCGUCACGUCCCUUAUCCGUUAUUAUGACGACCUUCUCUAACGCGCCGUCAUGGCAAACAGUCUCCCGGACGAUUGUCGCCAUCGCCGUCGCCCUACCGCCUACCGCCUGCCGUCGCAAUCGCAUGCCGCCCGUGCGCCGAGACAGCUAUAAUUGCUUGUCUAGCCGGGGGUUCUCUCGUGCUAAUCAGCAAUCCGACACAGGUUCAGCAUCUACCUCCAUCGAUAGCACGAUCAUUCUUCGGCGCAUGUUAAAGAGCCCUGCCUCUCUUUGAGCAGCGAAAGCCAGCCAUGGAUUCAUACCCGUAUGUCGUUUGAAAGUCAGGACAACGUAUCCUGCUGAUUCAAUCCAUCUUUAGCAACCGUGAAGCCGGUGUCGACUCGUACCGCCGCCGUUCGCCUGCAGGCAAUGAUCGCCGACCUCGCGGCAGCCGUGGACGAUCAAGAUCUCCGCAACCAAUC